AAAGUAUAUAAAUCAUUUCAAAUUCCUUAUAUUAAGUAAACCAGAUGGUGCCAUUUUCUAGUUUUUUUUUUUUUUACAUUUACGGAUAGCCAGGGGGACACUCCAACUCUCUGACAAUCUACAAUUGAAACGUGUGUUUAGUGAGUCCGCCAGAUCAGAGGCAGUGAUGAUUACCGGGGAUGUUCUCUAAAUUAGUGUGUGAAUUGGACCAUUUUCCUGUCCAGCUAAGCCUUCAAAAUGUAAUGAGUACUUUUGGGUGUCAGGGAAAAUGUAUGAAGUAAUAAGAACAUCAUUUUCUUUAGGAAUAUAGUGAAGUAAAAGUAAAAUUAGUCAAAAAUAGUAAAGUACAGAUUCCCUGAAACUACUUAAAUCGUACUUUAAAGUAUUUUUUACUUAGGUACUUUAUACCACUGAUCACAAAAAAAGAAAAAGCAUAAUUAAAGUGGCUAAUUUAGGCCCUUUUUAGACAUAUAUUCAUGCCUCUUGUAACACUAUGUAAUUGCAAUAGAUGGUCAUAAGUUUACCAUCUGUUUGAUGUUCUCGUUCACACAGGAGAGAGACAUGACUAUCCUGGAUCCUCUGGGGAGCAUCAACAACAUCCUGAUGCUGAUGAGUCAGAGAAGAGUCUCUCCAGAUCAGAACACCAGAUGGACAAUGCUAGCCCUUCCUCCCUCCCGGAGUCCCCAUGUCAUGCCUCUCCCGGUAGCGCCUCACUGCUGGGUAUGAAGAGGUUGUCUGUGCAGCUGGUGGACUGCAGGAAAACAACGGGGCUGAGUGGAACUGUGAGAGGAGGAGAGAAGAAAGGAUCAGAUUUGACACAUCAAAAAAUUGACCAGGAGAGUGACACAGAAGGAAUGGAUGAGGACUCAGUGAGUGACCACAGUUAUGAUUCCAGCGCGGAAGAAAUGUUUUUGGAAGGACAAGAUCCACUUUUAGACCAUGAUAGCGUCUCCGACUGGGAGCCUCCGCUGCCAUGGUGCCCAUCCCCCACUGAAGCGGGUUCAUCCAGCCGGACUCCUGCUGUCUCCGGCUCCACACCUACCCCCGCCCGGCCAUCUAGAGGUGGGAAGAGGGUAACAAAGAAGCGGAGGAAGGGAAGUGUGGAACCUGCUGGUAGAGAGGUAGAGGGGCAAUGGCACUCUGUGCUGGAGGAAGAUGUGGAGCCCCGUGCUCCAAUUUUCCGACCUAAAAGACAACCCGGACCUCAGCUCGAUAUGACAUCGAAGUAUAGCCCGAUGCAACUUUUCCAACUGUUUUUCACCCCGGCAGUUGUUGAUUCCCUUGUUUGCAAUACUAACAAGUAUGGGGCUAGGAAGCAAGCAGGAAAGAAACAGGAAUGGAAGCCCAUUUCCAUGUCAGACAUUUUCUGCUACUUUUCACUGGUAAUUUACAUGGGGCUGGUGAAGUUGAAAACCCUAAAGGAUUACUGGAAAACAUCCUCACUAUAUCAACUGCCUUUCCCCCCCACUGUCAUGUCCUCUACAAGGUUUUUAAAUAUCUCACGGGCGCUUCACAUUAGUGACCCAGAAGUUGAUGAGGAGAAUGACAGGAGGAGAGGCACCGCACGGUUUGACAGGCUCUGCAAAGUCAAACCUCUCUACGCCAGCAUGGUUGAGGCUUGCAAGACCCAUUUUCAGCCCGCACAGAACUUGUCCAUAGAUGAGAGGAUGGUAGCAUCAAAGGCCAGAAUUGGCCUAAAACAAUACAUGCGUAACAAGCCAACUAAGUGGGGUUACAAGCUGUUUGUUUUGGCUGAUUCUGGGUGUGCAUACACAUGCAAUUUCUUUGUCUAUGAGGGGAAGAACACUUGUGCGACUGGUAAAGGACUUAGCUAUGACUCUGUGAUGGAGUUAUUGGAUUUCCAACUGCUGGGGAAGGGCUACAAACUCUUUGUGGACAACUUUUACACAAGCCCUACCCUGUUUGCAGACCUGAGGAAGCGGGAGGUGUGGGCUUGUGGCACUAUUCGGACCAACAGUGUGGGCUUUCCGAAGACCAAGGUAAAUGACAUGCCUAAGCGGGCUGAGCGGGGGACCAUGCGAUGGAUCCGUGAAGAUGGCCUGCUGUUUGUGAAGUGGAUGGACACCAGAGAGGUGGUGAUGUGCUCCACUAUUCACAAGCCCUUCAGUGGCGACCAUGUCAGUAGGCGUGUGAAAGACGCCAUGGGUGCAUGGACCACCAAAAAUGUCCCCAUUCCUGCAGCCAUCAAGGACUACAACAAGAGCAUGGGAGGUGUAGACCUAUCAGACGCACUGAUAGGGUACUACAAUGUUCUACAUAAGACAAAGAAGUGGUACAAGACAUUGUUUUACCAUUUCAUUGACAUUGCUGUGGUGAAUUCCUUCAUCCUGCAGAAGGAAAUGGCGAAGAGCUGUGGACAGCCCCCCAUCGCACAGCUAGCCUUCAGGGAGCUGCUCAUCCAGGAGCUUGCUGACUAUCGCACAAAGUCCACUGCAUCACGCUCUGCCCCCUCUACCUCUGCCCCCUCUACCUCUGCCCCCUCUACCUCUGCCCCCUCUACCUCUGCCCCCUCUACCUCUGCCCCCUCUACCUCUGCCCCCUCUACCUCUGCCCCCUCUACUCCUGCCUCCAGUGGUGUUCAUAUGCCACAGUUCAUUACUGCAGGCAUGACUGUGCCUCAUGGACAAAAGGCCACAGCAUGGAGGCGUCGUUGUGUUCUGUGUCACAUGAAGUCCCCCAUCAUCUGCACCACGUGUUCAGUUUGCCUCUGCUUUAACUCAGAAAGAGACUGCUAUGGGACAUGGCACAGACAGCAAAAUAUUGUGUAGAGGACCUCCAAAGACUCUACUCCUGUUUUUUUAAUUUUUUUAUAAUAUAUAUAUUUUUUUCUUAUUUUUUUUUGUUGGUGUGUUAGAAUUGCUUUUUGAUAUGUUGUAUAUAGUUAUUUGCACUGUUGUAUAUAGUUAUAUAUCAUUUCACCAAUUUGGCCACUUGGGUACAUUUGGGCAACUUGUGUGGGACACCUGGGUGACUUCAUGCUAAAUGUCUUGUAGCUCACCCAUUCCUGAAGUUAUCAGUCUAAAACUUUGCACAACUACAGUUGCCCUGUACAGUUGUAUUCUCCAUCUAAAUUGUCCCCAGCAUCCUAUCUGACUGUUUGGCUAUUCCAGUACAUGUGAAAAAUGAUGCUACAACAAUAAAAACAGAAAACGUAAGUUUAUUUCCUUGUAUUUUCUUCUACCAGAUCUAUUGUGUUAUAUUCUCCUACAUUCAAUUAACAUUUCCACAAACUUCAGAGUGUUUCCUUUCAAAUGAUACCAAGAAUAUGCAUAUCCUUGCUUCUAGGCAUGAGCUACAGGCAGUUAGAUUAGGGUAUGUCUUCAGGCGGAAAUUGAGAACAAGGGUUGCAGCCAUAAGAGGUUAUUAAGGAGCCUGAAACAACACGAGAGAAUACACACAGGUGAGAAGCCUUACCACUGCUCACAGUGUGGAAAGUUUUUCAACCAGUCAGGGGAUCUGAAAAAACAUGAGAAUACACACAGGGGAGAAGCCUUACCACUACUCCCAAUG